UAUGUCAAUAAUUGCUCCAUUUUACCCAUAAUUUGCUAAGUCUAAAGAUAUAUCUGAAGAUAUCAUAGGUAUCAUAUUUGCAGCACAUCCUUUGGGACAAUUUAUUUCUUCUUUGAUUUUAGGAAAAUUAAUCACCCAUGUAAGAAAUAUGUUAAUCAUAGGACAAUAGAUAAAAAAUAAUGAUCAUUGGAAUUUCUUUAUAGGGUUUAGGUUUACUUCUGUUUGGUUUUUUAUACUAUUUUGAUUCUUAUUUUGUAGUGUUAAUAGGAAGUUUUAUGGCUAGAUUAAUUGGUGGGAUAGUAUAUAAAUGAUUAAAAUAUAAAUAGGGUGCAUCCAUGUUUAUGACACCGUUUUAUGCAUUUAUUCCUUAGUUAUUUCCAAAAUCAAUUGAAGAGAAAAUAGCUAUUGCAGAAGUAUCAACAUCUCUUGGAUUUCUUGGAGGUCCUAUAUUAGGAUCAGCUUUAUAUUAAUUAGGUGGAUUUAUUUUACCAUUCUUUUUCUUUGCUGGUUGUUCGUUUGGAUUAGCAGUGAUACUGAUUAUCUAUUCAAAAAGUUUAGAUGUACCUGAUGUAGAUCUUAGUUAAUCAAUCAUUCUACAUUAAUCAAUAUAAAAUCAAGAAUCAAUUAUAGAUGCUGAAUUUAGAAUAUCAUAUUUAAAACUUCUUUGUAAUUAUCCAGUUGUAAUAUCUUUUAUUACAAAUACAUUAACACUUUCAUUAUGGACAUUUUAUAAUCCAACUAUAGCAAUAUAUUUAUUAGAAUAAUAUGAUAUUUAAGAGGAAUAUUCAGGUUAUUGGAUAUCAAUAAAUGCUGCUUCAUUUGGAUUUUCAACUCUUUUCAUAUCUAGAAUAAAAUCUCAUAAAAAAUUUUACAUGUACUUUGGCUUAGUAAUCAGUGGAUUUUUACAAUUUUAUAUGGGUCCUGAUUAUAAAUUCACCAACUUAAAUCCAAGAUUAUUAUAUACAAUAUUAUCAUGGUCACUUGUAGGAUUUACUGCAGGUUUCCCAUAUGUACUUACAUUACCAUAAAUUAACCAAAUUCUUACAAAAGAUUAUUAUAAAUAUCCUACAUAAUGUGCAAAUAUUGCAUCUGCUAUGUAUAUAUAUAUAUAAUAUAUUAUAGUUUUAAUGCCAGUUUAGCAGGAGGAGAACUGUUUGGUCCAAUUUUGGGUGGAUAUCUUACAAAAUGGUAUGGAUUUCAAAGAUCAGCAUCUUUAUUAGGUUUUGCAGUCUUAAUAUGUUGUGUUUUGUAUAUACCUUAUUUAUUUUACUUGGAUGAAAAACUUGCAAGAAUUAAAGCUAAAAAAUUAAAGAGAGUUGGAUUAAAAGAAUGA